GGACUAUUGAGAUUGCAUGACUAGAUUACUUAUAUUACGAAAUGAGAUACCUGGAACCGCGCCGUAAAAUUUAGGCACUCAUCUGAAGAUGAAAUAAAUAUGAAGAUUUGGAACCUGCUUUUGUUUACUCACUCAAAUUAGCUUGUGGCGGUAAUUUGCGUGGCUAGUCCUUUGGUACUGAGCGAUGGCCGACUUUAACAAUCCUUUGCAAAAGUUCAAGCUGGUGUUUUUGGGAGAACAGAGUGUCGGGAAGACGUCCCUCAUAACUAGGUUUAUGUAUGAAACUUUUGACAAUCUGUAUCAGGCAACAAUUGGUAUUGACUUUUUAUCAAAAACUAUGUACCUUGAGGAUCGAACUAUUCGUCUGCAAUUAUGGGACACUGCGGGACAGGAACGUUUUCGAAGUUUGAUUCCCAGCUACAUACGUGACUCCUCAGCCGCAGUUGUUGUUUAUGACAUAUGCAAUGCUGGAUCUUUCCAUCAGGCUUCAAAGUGGGUUGAUGACGUCAGAAACGAACGUGGCGGGGAUGUUAUUAUUAUCCUCGUUGGAAACAAAACGGAUCUAUCUGAUAAACGGUGGGUAAAAAUAUCCUGGGUCCUUAUGUUGCAGAAAAGUGACUACUGAAGAGGGCGAGCAUCUUGCUAAAAAACUAGAAGUCAUGUUUAUUGAAACGAGUGCGAAGGCUGGAUAUAAUGUCAAAGUUGUGAGUAGUGAAAUAAUACAAUUUUGGUUAGGUUUGCUUGAUUGUCAUAUGUAUAGGUAAUAUCUUAGUCUUCACUUUAAACUUCUGUUCCCCUUUGUCUAAAGAUGACUCAAUAUCUCAGCUGCUUUAAUCUGUAAAGUAAAUCUGAUUUCCGUCGAUUUCAAGUCUCAAAGUGUCUGAGCGUUUAUGGCGUUUUAUUUAGAGGAUUUAUUAUCUUGUUCUAGUAUUCGGGUUUUUGAAGACUUAUAAAGUGUGACGUAGUGAAUUUUGUUGCGCAGUCUUCCUCGUUAUUGGGUACAUCUAUCACCACUACACAAGUUUUCCAGAGAUAUUCACCCAGUUUGGUUUUCUAGGACUAGAUUUUACAAAUAUGAUUCCAAACAUCGUGAUCUAAUCUCGACUAACCAUACAGCUGGCACUGUCUCAUCCCAAACAAACACGCUUUUAGCUAGUGUAGGAAUAAAAUUUCCUGAUCACAUUUUCUUCAGCGCUUAAGUAUAUGCUCUUGUUAUCAGACAUCGUGACGCUAUGUUUGCCGCGUUCUCUGUAAGCAGUUGUGGAAGCACCGCCUGUGCGAUUUAGUAACGUUCGUUUAUGCUGUUUUCAUACAUUGAGACUGAAAAAACUAGCUGUAGAAUUAGGUUGUGCUCUAUACGAAAAAGUUAGUCGGUUCGUUAAGCGAUAGUCCUCCCCUGUAGUUACACUCGCUCUCUUUCCUUGAACGCUAGACAUCUUCCCUCCAUGUAUUCUAAUGCCCACUGACAUUUCGUCUGAUUACUGCACUAUAUUAGGUUCCCAGUUAUUUCGGUGGUUUGUAUGUUUGGUGAACGUUUGAAAAUAUAUCGCAUAGUUCUGCUUUGGUCCACUUAACGAUACAUGUGGAUAUGAUACAAUUAACACUGCUCGUCCCCAGUUAUCACAAAAAUAUUGGUUUCAACCCAGAACAAAAUUUUGUUGACUAUAAUAUCACUCAAAGUUGUUUUCUAAAACGUGAUAAAACUUAGUGGUGCUACACAUCAUUUUUUGACUUGUGGAUUAUUGUGAAGCAGAAUUCGGUUAGGUUUAUUUUGAUAUAACUCAAAUGCUACUUUGCGGUGUACGUAAUUAGCAGAUAGACAAAUUCAUGAUAAGGCUUCAAAUUUUCGAUAUGGAUUACCAUAAAACUAUUUGCUGAACCGUUUUUGCGAGUGAGCUGUUAAUGUACAGUUGCUUCCUAUCCUAAUGUUUAAUUAACUCAAAUUAAUUUAUAAUAAUAAACUUAUUGUACAAGUAAGUUAUGUUGUGCAUAAAUGAUAGAUACAUAUAAAGUGUUCAAGGAAACGUGAACUGUUUAGCAUCCUAAAAAUAUCAGAAAUUUGUAUGUGGUCUAUAUGAUUUAUGUCUCGAAUUACUCUUAUCUACUUCACCUUUGGUGUUUUUCAGUUGCAUCCAUCACCAGUUCUCUUCUUUCACUUUAGUAAAAUGUUAAUGAUUGAUUAUUAUUAUUUGAACACAAAUAUUAGUACAAAGGGGCACCAAAUACAUAUGCACCGCAUUUGAUCUGUAUUUGGGUUGUGGUACUACCCGGGUGCCCAAACCGAAGCAGGUGGUUUUCUUAGGGGGUCACAUCCCGAGCCUUUAACCUAGAGGUCUAAUCCACAAGGCAGUGGAGCAACGUCAGGAGAUGGAGUCUCAUAGUAACCGGUAACCAAUAAUUGGUUCAUACGCCAUUUAUUUCCUUAGGGUCCUGGAGCCCAUGUACACCAUUGGUUUGGAAUCAGGGUUUUUCAACUCCCCUAAGUGGACUUUCCAUGUCCACCAACCCGUUUAAUCCCCGGACAUUCAUUUUUCGUCCUCUCAAUUUCGUAAACGACACUCACCGUAAGUAGGCAGUGACUGGGACUUUCCUUGCAGUAUACGCAUGACCAUGUGAGAGCAUUUCAAGAGGGAGGUGACUCUCCCCACCCCCGGCCGUACCAGGGCAUUUAAGGGCACAUUUUAACCAAUUAGUCGAAGUUUAUUUUCAUUUCUAAACCGUGUUCCAGCUUUUUAUUAGUGGCUUGACGGUAAUGAUGUCAAAUAUCUGUGAUAAGCCAGUAAUUAUAUUUUCAUUUUGUAUAUUUUUUUUCAGCUGUUCCGUCGAAUCGCAACAGAAUUGGUUGAUCAAAAGAGUCCACUUUCUAGACAUGAUGACUAUAAUUUCCAUUUCGGAAAUCGAUGUUUGCGAAUUGUAUUUUUUGUGUCGUGUUUUUGUUUAAUAAAUCUAGUCAUCGAGGUUAAGUUACACGAUGCCUCUAAGGAUACUGAUUUUAACCAACGAGUUUGCUGGUGCUAAGUCACUUAAUUAUAUUGAACUGAAACCGAUCGAGCCUCCUCAAGAGAACCAGUGGAAAACGUGUGGUUGUUGAAUAUCAAGUCUAUUUGUUCAGAAAUUCUUUUGAAACUUGCAAAGACUUUCACACACUACAUACAUAUAAUAGCUAUUCUUGAACGAUCUUUAGUUGUUUUCGAAAUUUCAUUUCUCUUGAUUUACUUCGGCAAACUUUGUCUUAAUGUAUUUCCGUACCUAUAAAAAUGAUAUAUUUAUAUCUAUGUACAGCUUAUCUAUUUUCUUUUGGUGAAUUACUAUUUAACUACAGUUCGACUUGAAAUUUCUCUUGACGAAUCUGAGUUUGCUUUGCUAGAAAUCUUUAUUUCUGUUUGCCCUUUUUUAGGCCAUAAUUUAUACAACAAUCUGUGAUGCUUUCUUUUAGUAAUUAUAAGCACUUCAGCCUUGUAUUAAACAUUUUGGUGGUUUAUUUCGUAUUUUCCUGUUUAUAUUUGCUGUGAAAAACAUGGUUAAUUAUCAAUUUCACGUCCUUUUGUUGUGCUCACGUAACGUGUGAUUAUAUACCCGGUCCUUUAUUUGUUACAGAUAAGUUAAUAAAUCUUGAAAGCUUUUGUAAAGUUCUACGUAUAAACAAUUUAAUGUUAUUAAUAGUGUCCGCUUUGCUAUAAAUAUAAAAUACAGAGAAUUAUUUCGUCAUUGA